AUGAGCUUCAAUCCGCAAUUCGUGAGCUCCCUCGAUUCACCCUAUUUCACCAUGAGCUCCGAUAAUGCCUCACCACAGGCGGUAAAUUACAGCAACAAUGAUCAGUCAACCGAGUCCCGGACUCUUCCCGGCCACAACCCCGCGCUCGCGAGGUACAACCAACUACAACUCCGACAGGAGGCAGUCGUGAGGCCAGACCUCUUCACACUCUACUUCGGAUUCCUCGGUUCAGGCAACUGGAGGCGCAAAGUGGCCACUGCAGUCACAGACCGAGUCGAGAACCACUAUGUGUUGACAGCACGAUCACCAACACAGAGCGAGCUGGAUGCUAUUGUCGAGCACGGCACGCGAUCGCUUUAUCAAAACCGUAUUGGAAUGCCCGUUGGCUCGAUCAUUGGAGGCGCAUGGGUUUAUGCCCGACUACGCUCAUCACCGGGCUUCCCUCGCAAAAACCCGACGCCGCAGGCGAUUCUCGAGGCAAUGCGACUUUCUUCUUCGGGUGUCUCUUUGAAAUCAUUCGCUGCUGCUGCUGCUUGGAGAAUGCUCUUCACUACAUGUUUUGUCAGCGCACUUUCUAACAUUUACGCCGUCUACAAUGAUGCCACAUCCAUGCUGACGGAUCCCCGUCUCAAGGGCUUCGUCGAAGAAAUGCGAAGCCAGAAACCAGAAGAUGUCCGCAAGCGUAAGCUCCAGGCUGCAUCGGAGCGGGUCCGUUCCAUGCGCAGUGGUGAAAAGACUAUCGGCUCAGAAUUCAAUCAAGCAAUGACCCAGCCUGGAUACACCAGCAGCUACGAACAAGACCCCAACGAUUACUCCACGCCUCCAAACUCGUACUCAGAGUACGAGGGCUCCAACUCAACCUCCACCCAGUCAACAUACACUUCUACCCCCGAGCCGAGCAACUCAACCGGCCCAGUCUGGGCCCGUGGCAGGGGUCAACCAGCUGAACAAACGUCCGGAACUGAUUUCUUCGAUGACGACGAUGCAAGUCCCACUGCUGCUGAAUACCGGAACACCAAUAUCGAUGGCUCGAGUGGAAGUGCCUGGGACCGCAUUCGACGCCAGAAUGGUGCGGCAGGCUCGCGUCAGCAACUGCCUCAGUCGACCCUUCAUCCUUACUCUUAUGAAAAUAGCCAUUCCGAGCAGGAUAGCCAUGGACAAUUGAGUGAGAAGGACAAGGCGCAGGCUGAGUUUGAUCGGAUGAUUGAUGCGGAGCGGAAUGUUGGCAGUGACAAGUUCCGGAAUCGUGGGUGGGGAUCUUGA